CGGGCUCCUCGUCACUUCCCCUGUGCUGGCGGUCCCAGCGGCUCUCUGAGCGAAGUCACUGAGCGAGCCGCCAGACUAUGACCCCAGGGGCUCUGCUGAUGCUGCUGGGGGCGCUGGGGGCGCCGCUCGCCCCAGGCGUCCGCGGCUCGGAGGCGGAGGGUCGACUCCGGGAGAAACUUUUCUCUGGCUAUGAUAGCUCCGUGCGGCCAGCGCGGGAGGUGGGAGACCGUGUCAGGGUCAGCGUUGGUCUCAUCCUGGCGCAACUCAUCAGCCUGAACGAGAAGGAUGAAGAGAUGAGCACAAAGGUGUACUUAGACCUGGAGUGGACUGACUACAGGCUGAGCUGGGACCCUGCGGAGCACGACGGCAUCGAUUUGCUCCGCAUCACGGCGGAAUCCGUGUGGCUCCCUGACGUGGUGCUACUGAACAACAAUGAUGGGAAUUUUGACGUGGCUCUGGACAUUAGCGUCGUGGUGUCCUCCGACGGCUCCGUGCGUUGGCAACCCCCGGGCAUCUAUCGCAGCAGCUGCAGCAUCCAGGUCACCUACUUCCCCUUCGACUGGCAGAAUUGCACUAUGGUGUUCAGCUCCUACAGCUAUGACAGCUCGGAGGUCAGCCUGCAGACAGGCCUGGGUCCUGACCGGCAAGGGCAUCAGGAAAUCCACAUUCAUGAAGGGACUUUCAUUGAGAAUGGCCAAUGGGAGAUUAUCCACAAGCCCUCUCGGCUAAUCCAGCCUCCAGGCGAUCCUAGGGGAGGGAGGGAAGGACAGCGCCAGAAAGUCAUCUUCUACCUCAUCAUCCGCCGCAAGCCUCUCUUCUACCUGGUCAACGUCAUUGCCCCAUGCAUCCUCAUCACUCUUCUGGCCAUCUUCGUCUUCUACCUGCCACCAGAUGCAGGAGAGAAGAUGGGGCUCUCAAUCUUUGCCCUGCUGACCCUUACUGUGUUCCUGCUGCUGCUGGCUGACAAAGUACCUGAGACCUCACUAUCAGUACCCAUUAUUAUCAAGUACCUCAUGUUUACCAUGGUCCUCGUCACCUUCUCAGUCAUCCUUAGUGUCGUGGUUCUCAACCUGCACCACCGCUCACCCCACACCCACCAAAUGCCCCUUUGGGUCCGUCAGAUCUUCAUUCACAAACUUCCGCUGUACCUGCGUCUAAAAAGGCCCAAACCCGAGAGAGACCUGAUGCCGGAGCCCCCUCACUGUUCUUCUCCUGGAAGUGGCUGGGGUCGGGGAACAGAUGAAUAUUUCAUCCGGAAGCCGCCAAGUGAUUUUCUCUUCCCCAAACCCAAUAGGUUCCAGCCUGAACUGUCUGCCCCUGAUCUGCGGCGAUUUAUCGAUGGUCCAAACCGGGCUGUGGCCCUGCUUCCGGAGCUACGGGAGGUCGUCUCCUCUAUCAGCUACAUCGCUCGACAGCUGCAGGAACAGGAGGACCACGAUGCGCUGAAGGAGGACUGGCAGUUUGUGGCCAUGGUAGUGGACCGCCUCUUCCUGUGGACUUUCAUCAUCUUCACCAGCGUUGGGACCCUAGUCAUCUUCCUGGACGCCACGUACCACUUGCCCCCUCCAGACCCCUUUCCUUGAAGACUGGAGGGUCAAGACCCAGGCCCUCUGCCAGUUGAAGUGAGAGUUUGGUGAUACUGUCAAGCCCUAUCCUUCUCUGCCUCUUAACUCCUUCACAAGGAAUCUGGGCCUCUUAUUUCGUUUCUGGGGACUGCAUUGGACUGAGGGCUGGGUAGGCAGGUGUCUUGGACCCACCUGAAAUGCAGUAUCAUCUGAUUUACUCUUUGGGAUCUUGAAGAAGCUCUUUUGGGUAUCAACACCUAGGUCGCCAGUGAAAUAGAACAAAGAACAGGAACUAGAUUAUAAGCCUUAUGAGGUCAAGAAAUGUGUCUUGGCCGGGCGCGGCGGCUCACGCCUGUUAUCCCAGCACUUUGGGAGGCCAAGGCGGGUGGAUCACCUGAGGUCGGGAGUUUGAGACCAGCCUGACCAACAUGGAGAAACCCCGUCUCUACUAAAAAUACAAAAUUAGCCAGGUGUGGUGGUACAUGCCUGUAAUCCCAGCUACUAGGGAGGCUGAGGCAGGAGAAUCACUCGAACCCGGGAGGCAGAGGUUGCAGUGAGUCAAGAUCACGCCAUUGCACUCCAGCCUGGGCAACAAGAGCGAAACUCCAUCUCAAAAAAAAAAAAGUGUCUUGUUCACUGCAGCAUCCCCAGUGCCACGCACAGGUGCUGACCUAUAGUAAGUGCUUAACAUUUGUUGAAUAGGGGAAAGAAAUUUCCGGAAGUAAAUACAGCAAUUAAUAAUGUUUAUAAGCUGGGCAUGGUCGCUCAGGCCAGUAAUCCCAGUGACUUAGGAGGCUGAGGUGGGAGGAUUACUUGAAACCCACAGUUUGAGACCAGCCUGGGCAACAUAGUGAGACCCUGUCUGUAAAAAAAUAAAAAUAGAAAUAAAGUAGUGCUUAUUGUUUGCA